AAAUAGUAGCGAAAGUUCCCCCUCUUUUUUCUAAUUAUAAAUAGCACUUCUCACUUUCACAUUAUAUAAUUGAAAACUCGAAACAGUAAGGAAAAAAAAUUGGUCUGUACGGAGUUAUUACCCGAUCUGAUUCCCGGUUUACCAGAGGAAAUCGGAAACGAGUGCUUGACUCGGUUUCAUUAUUCAACUCACAGACUCGCAGUUCGGGUUUGUCGACGACGGCAAGAGCUUCUCCAAAGCAAAGAGUUUUACUAUCACAGAAAGCGUACCGGAUAUACCCAAAAAGCAGCUUGCUUGAUUCAGUCACUUAAGUGCGACUCCGAUCCUGAUGGAUCCAAACCAGUUGGUCCCCCAAGAUAACGAGUUGUGAAGGAAAGAUUUUAGUGAUGGGUGGGUGGGACCCAACGAACUACGAGGCGGUGCGGGACGUGUUCACAUACGAGUUCACAACACAGAGGUGAAGACAAGGGAAGCAGAUGCCGGAAACUCGAUCCUUCUUUGCAGCUGGUGAGUUGGAUGGACGCAUUAUCGUAGCGGGUGGUCACGAUGAGCACAAGAACGCUUUAAGAACAGCGUGGGAAUAUGAUGCAAGGAUGGAUGAGUGGUAGGAGUUAAAACCGAUGAGCGAGGAGCAAGACGAGUGUCAAGGGGUGGUGAUUGGGUCGGAAUUCUGGGUGGUGAGUGGAUAUAGAACGGACAAUCAAGGACAAUUCGAGGGGAGCGCCGAGGUAAUGGAGUUGGAGACAGGUCAAUGGGUCAGAGUAGAGGAGGCUUGGAAGGCUAGCCAGUGCCCAAGGUCUUGUGUGGGAGUUGGAAAAGAGAGGCUCUUCAGCUGGGCAGACUGUGAUUCGUCGAUACGAGUUGGUGUUUGCUCGGCCCCCUUGGGAGAGUGGACAUUUGUGUCUGGAUCAGCUCAUCAGGGUGGUCCAACAGGGUUCUUUUUGGUUGAUCAACAAACUGGAAAGUGCAACACCAUAGACGAAAUUUCACAACAGUUUUCUGGCUUCAUACAAUCCGGUUGUUGUGUAGAUAUCUAAGCGAAGCUGCCGUGUUCAGUCCUUUGGUGGCAUGGAGAAACACGCCUCCAGACGGGUGUGCAAAAGCUCACAGUUGCAUGUUGAUAUAGUAAAAUAUAGCAAGGAUUAGGCAGGAGGAUAACAUUUGUUAUCAUCACCGCAUCAAGGAAAUCUAGCGUCAUCAAGAUAAGAGUGUAUUUGUUAUUUCAGUAUUAAAUUUCGUGACAUGAAUAUGUACAUUACCCUUACCUUGUCCGUA